GAAUAUUACGUCUGAUAUCCUAAGAAUAUACCCAGAAUAUUACUUGAUAUUAAAUAAUAUCACUUAUAGGAAAGAGCAGACCAUAUGAGUGACUAUCUUAACAAUCGAAGAGGGCGAAAUUUACAGUCGGAGACACGGAGAUUUCCUCGGAUUUCGGGGAAAACUCUCGCAAAAUUCGCAGACGUCUGUACAGAAACGGUGACCAUUGGUCCUUCUUCCCCGGAGGUGCGGGAUAUAUCCUGCCCGGACCUGAAGAAACUUCCCCGAUCGGUCGCGAUUGUUCUGCACCGCCUGCGGCUGGGAAAUCCAAGACGAUUCCACCCCCCGAGAGAUGACAUAUUUUUUUCAUGAAUUAAACGUCUCUCGCCCAGCGCCCAAGCAUGACUUGCGCGUAUUGAGUUCCCGUCGAAGUAAAACCCUGCGGGGCCUCCGCUCGCGUAUGCGGAAUCUGAGUCUGCGCCAUGCUUUGCAGAGGCGUGUCCUGGCUUACACGCUCUUAUUUAGUACAUAGAGAAGCGGCUUUACUCGUCCACGGUCUUUCGCGGUAGAACGUGCGCGCACGCGAGAGAGAGUUUACUCCGAGGAAAGCGAAAAAGAGGAGGAGGAGGGAAGAAGUGAGGAGGUCGGUGCUGCGCGGGUCAAAUUCGCGCAAAAUCGAGAAGCGAGAGAAAAAGAGAGGACGGAUAGGAAGAACACAACCUCUCGUCGGAAAAUGUAACUGCUCCGAGGAGGGAAGAGGAAGAGGAGGACGGAAACGGAAAAGGGAAAGGGUGGAGGAGGUGAAGCGACGGCGGUGGUGACGGUGUCGGCGGCAGCGGUUACGACGGCGGUGGUGGCGGCGGUUUUCUAAUCCGAAUCCUGGGAGAAGGACGCCUUCGCUCGAUCGUGCGUGUUCCCAGCGUGGACCAGGUCGAUCGGGGAAGUUCAUGGCGUGAGGCCGUCGUCAUCCACGGAUACUCGCCCGUUAAUUCUUCUCCUCUUCGCAGCCCGUGUGACGCCCGCAGGCGGCGGCGGAAGUCAGAAUGAUCGGUGCUAUGCCAGCGGUGGCCGUCCGCCAUGAGCGCAGGAGGCAGGAGAAAAGGCUGAAGCGGCCGAGUCAGCUCUACCUGAGCGGGCAAUGGUUACCACCCCUGCAGGGCUCGCCACCUACCCCCAGCCCGCACAGUCACAACAAUCUGGAGCCCAGACCCGAGCUGUACUUGUGCGGCAAGAUAUCCGGGCUACACGCGGUGGUGGUGUGCCUGUUGUUGGGCGCGGUGGUACUUGUAGUCGGUCUCGUCCAACUUGCACCGGGAGCAACGACCACCAACCACAGGUUGGCGUUACUCGUGGCGGGCGCUGCCCUACUUAUAAUGGGCUUCAUCCUGGCCGGCGUGAGAUGUUACGUAAUACACUGCGUACCGUUCCCGGUGGAGUCGCCGGUCGCGACCCCCAUCCCGCCGCCGAUCGGCGAGGCGCAGGCGGCCGUGCACAAGGGCACCCUCGAUCUCCUGGUCGGCCAUCAGAAUCAACCGGAGACCGACGCGCUGAUGACGCACCAUCAUCAACACCACAACCAUCAGCACCACAACAACCACCGGAAGAAACGCAGCUCUCAGGGCUCGCACUCCGAGGAGGCCUAAGAUUCGACGAGGGGGGCGGGGAGAAGGAAAGAAACAGCGGUGUAGCGCGCGAUCUUGGUGCUUCGUCCGUCGUGGAAAAUCGAGAGGGGGGAGGGGGGGGCGGGGGCAAAACGAAGGGAUGAUUUUCGAUUCCGCGGCGGAUUCGAGUCCCGAGCGGAAGAAGAGUCGAGCGAGAGCAUUUAGGAGCUGAGGUGAUGGAAUUUCUCUCGGGGGGAAGUAGGAGACACAUCGCCAUUCUUUCUUAACAUCUUCGAUGUACGCGGAGUCCCCUCCGGAGAGUCGCGUUUCCUCUUUCUCCGUUGCGACGUCACGGCGAGACAACGACAGUCUCGGUCGAGACAUCGAUAUUAAUUAGGCGGGCACUUUUUUAGGGCUACGUUGAACAAUGAACACUGAAUAAUGUAAUAACGACGACAGGCUCAUCGAUUAAACCGUUAACGACACGACCGGACGAGCGAGCGAUUCUCAGUCUUCGGGGAUGUCGACGGGGUGUGGAAACGCGACCCGUCCGGGACGUCCUCUGUAUAUCCUGUACAUAUGCCAGUGCGUAUAGAUAUGAGGGUACACACACACAGUGAUUUUCUAUCGUCGUAAAGAGAUAGACUGCGUAAACACGUUUUUCCUCUCGUGAAAAUGACGGAGAUUUGAUUUGUCGAGGUGCACUACAGAAGGGGGACAGACGUAGACCUCGCGAAGGGAAAAUUUGCGCGAUUCGACUUUUGAGAUUCUUUUAUCGCAGAUGCAAACCGCGCGGUUUUGGCCCGGUUUAACGGGGGUUACCUUGCACAUUGUAUCUAUGUAUACAUAUAAGAUACAGACUAUUUACGUUACGAGAAUGUACACGCCGAGAAAAGUGCACUUUUCUACCUGGUAUACCGAGAAUUCGAUAUAUCUAACGACGUUCUGUUGUCGCGACGUUUCUAGAACGCCGUUGUAAACCUUCCCGUAGAGAACGCGCGAUCUCCAGUGAUUUAUACUACGAGCAUAUUUGUUUUACUCGCAGGUAGAGAAAGAGAAAGACAGAAGGAAAGAGAGGAUUACGCCGCGCGCAUCUUCUAUGGGUGGCAAGUUGUCGCGAAGUAAUCCUACGCGAUCGAUCUCACCACGCGCGUCGCUUUAUCUCCUGUAAUCUCAACAGAGUAAGAAGAUCUCGUAGAUAACGUUUAUAUAGAAUUCGACUUAGCAGGAUCGAAAAGUCAGAGUGAGAUAGAUAGAGAGAGAGAAGGCGGGGGAGAACCGAGACGGCGUGGCGGCGACACGUAAAAAAGGGAUAGAAAAAAGGAAGAAAAUAGUUUGCGACCUUAGUGAAAAAACGAGGAAAUAAACGUCGAUGUCGAGAUACGUUUCUAAUUUAACGAUAAGAUUUUUCCAGCACUCGCACCGAUUAGCAAGAGAAAUGAAAAUAAAAAAAAAACUUCGAUGUUACUUCUUCCAGAAAGAAUUUAGUAAGAAAUCGGGAAAGAAAUCGUUUAGCGAUUACAGUUAAUUAUAUACUAAUUAAUCUCGAAACGCGAUGUCACGUGCGUCUUUUGCAUAUGUAAACCAACAAAAAGGGAUAAAUAUUAUACAUUAUCUUUUUACACUCGAUAUUUAUACUUAAGCGGUUACAAAAGUUUGUGCCUGCGCGCGGAGAAAGCUUCGUUCCCGAUGUCGUUUUACAAAUUGUUUGUGUUCACUCGAAGGUACACUUUAUAUACGACUUUUAUUGACGCGAAGACCGGGUGUGAAGGGACCCGGCGGGUUCUAAAACGGAGAAAGAAAAACACAAAGAAAAAGAAGAGAAAAAAAUGACGAUAAAAUUGAUGUCGCGCGAGCGCGAGCGACAUCAAUUCCGCUCCUUUUUGUAAUUCAGGCAAGCAGGCAGGCAAGCAAGCAAAAGCAAGUGCAAGAGAAAAAGUAAUCACGUGAUUAUUAUUCGUCGCUUAUUCACGCGUGGUCAAGCGCGUUUACAAUAAGGGUUCUACCCGCGUUUUCUACGACGAUAACAGUUCUCGGCGCGCGGAUACACGUUCGUCUAUUGGGGUCCACUUAAAAGUUAUUACGGAGGAUUAUGAACCUAUAUUACAAACAGUUAUAAAAUAUUUUAGACGAGACGAUUACACACACACAAUAUUUACAUACAUACAGGGUAGACCGGGGCUGGUAGUAUUAAAGGAGUAAGUUGGUUGAUUAAUUACGUCUGUUUCCUAAUAGGUUACAGAACGUCUGUUUCCUAAUAGGUUACAGAAUCGAGCAAAUUGCGAUUUUAAAUAUGAUCAAAGUUGGUUAUGAAAUCCCUGCUUGCUCGAUUCUAUACCUGUUAGAAGACAACAGAAAUAAUCAAUUAGCCAACUUACCUCUUUAGCCAACUAACCUCGGCCGCUCCUACUUACUUACAUACCCUAUAAGCGCGUAAUAUUAUUUAAUAUUACGUAAUAUUCUGGGCAUAUUCUUAGAAUAUUAGACGUAAUA